UGGCCGAGGGAACGAACGAACGGGUCGCUUGUUUGCAUUCCGUCCAAGCCAAGCCACCCAAGGCGCUUUCUCCCUCCCUCCCUCGCUUUCUUUCCCUUUCCCUUCCACAUCCCACCUCCCUCCUCGCCCCUCGGGCGGUCAGGCCAACGAGGUCUCCUGGCUGGCUCCCGCGUCUUCCUCGAUCCCAUCUCCCAAUCCAAUUCCGCCGCGAUCGCGGAUCGACACGUCGCCGAUUUCCGUCUGCUCUCCCCUCCCACCUCCGUCACCGCGGGUGGCGGGCGUUCGGUGGUGCCCCUGUCUGGAGGGGGCGCAGCGCGGCCUAGGAGGCUGGCAGGGAGCUUUGAGCCGACGCGGCAAUGCCGGAGCCACCGGCGAGGCCGCGCUUCUCCGGCCUCCGCGGCGCCCGGUGGCGCGCAGAUCUCGGCGUCAUCCCGUCCUCCCCCGCCGUCCCCACCAACCAGCUCCGCCGCGCCGCUGCCGACUCCCGUCGCAGAUAUGCGAAUCUGCGGCGGCGGCUGUUGAUAGACCCCCAUCAUUCCAAGGAUGAGGAAGGCGCUCCGGACCUUGUCGUGGAGAAUCCACUGUCGCAGAACCCAGAAAGUACUUGGGGUCAAUAUUUCAAGAAUGCGGAACUUGAGAAAAUGCUGAACCAAGAUCUGUCCCGACUCUAUCCUGAAUUGGGAGACUUCUUCCAAACAAUCACAUGCCAGGCCAUGCUUGAACGUAUACUGUUAGUAUGGAGCCUUAGGUACCCAGAGUUUGGAUAUAAACAAGGAAUGCACGAACUCUUAGCUCCUCUGCUCUAUGUCCUUCACGUUGAUGUGCAGCACUUCAAAGAAGUCAGGGUGCUUCAUGAGGAGCUUUUUGAUGACGAUUUUGAUGGCCAAACCUUCCCGGAUAGGUUAAAGCUGCACAGGAGUGACAGGACAAACACUUUUGAGGGUAGUGCAGCUAAAAUCAGAAGUUUGGACGAUCUUGAUCCUGAUACCAGGGACCUCCUCUUGAUAAAUGACGAAUAUGGAGCCGAGGGUGAGCUGGGUAUUAUUUUAUCUGAAAAGUUUAUGGAGCAUGAUGCCUAUUGUAUGUUUGAGAAUUUGAUGAACGGUUUGGUGAAUGGUGCACAAGGUGUGGUUGCUAUCACUGACUUCUAUUCUCUCAGUCCUGCACCAGAAUCAAGCACAGGUUUGACACCUGUAAGGGAAGCAUCAUCCGCGAUAUAUCACUUGCUUGCUAGUGUGGAUUCCUCUCUUCACAGUCAUCUCGUGGAGUUGGGAGUAGAACCUCAGUACUUUGCACUACGAUGGCUUCGGGUUCUAUUUGGUCGUGAAUUUUCACUUGACAAUCUUCUGUUUAUUUGGGAUGAGAUAUUUUCUUCUCCUAACCAUCCAUAUUGCACAGACAUAAAGAGUCCAGCAGAGUAUCAGUUUAAGGUUUUAUGUUCUCCCCGUGGUGCCCUGAUUUUGUCAAUGGCAGUUUCAAUGAUGCUUCAUCUCAGAUCCUCCUUGCUAGGAAGUGAACAUGCGACCUCUUGCCUGGUGAGACUGUUAAAUUUUCCUGAAGAUAUUGACUUGACGAACCUGAUUGAGAAAGCCAAACUAUUGCAACCGUUUGCUCUAGAAUCAAAUCUUCCUUCAUCUCCUCUGAAAGGAAAAAAUCCCUUGACUCCACCCAAUUAUUGGGAAGAGACAUGGAAGAUGCUCCAGAUGUCAGGAGACAAGAGUAGUGGUGGUCCAGUUAUUAGGCUGAAGGGAAGGGGAUUGUUACGAAGAAGUGUUUCUAACACGGAAUCAGAUAUUUCUACCACCAAGGAUGCUAAUUUGGAGAACAGUUUGACUUCAACUAGUCAGUCUAUUGUUGAUGAACUUCAUGACACCGAUACAGUUCCUGCUAAAGUAGUAAAUAGUUUACCACCAAUGCCUAUAGAACAUCGAAAUGAUCGUGUUGGUCAAGGUAUUGCAGAGAUUUCUAGAAGUAACUCAAACGGUGUAUGGGAGGCAGGACAUGGUUACUACCCAACUUCCAGUGAAAUUAGAGAUCCUCUUGGAGCAACUAGUGGAUACCUAUCGAGGGACAGCAGCACAUCUUUGUCGUGUGGUACUGAUUAUGACCAUGAUACCAAUCAUGCGGAAGAACCAUGUUUUUCUCAUGAUGAGAAGGUGGUUAACGAGCCUGAUCCACCCUCUGUGCAUAAAGGUAGGAUUGAUGAAUCCCGUCCGAGAAAUGGUAAGAUUGAUGAAGCAGCAAUCACAAAUCAAACAGUUGGAUCGGUGGAUUAUCAACAGCAUACACUAUGUUUUGACGUAGGCUCGAGUUCAAGUGUGGCUGAUAAAGAGUUGACCGGAAAACUAAGGUCUCUUGGUGAAUCAAUGAUUGAAAACAUUCAGGUUAUUGAAGUCUUCUUUCAGCCAAAUUUACGGUUGGCCUCAGCAGACAAAUCAAGGGAAAAUGUUCCUGGAAGCACAGAGCAAGCUAAAGCGCUUGCAGCUCUCGAAGAGCUCAGAAGGAUCAGUAAUCUUUUACGUCGUAUCUAACUAGAUGCUUUUCCGAUGAAGCGGAGGGAUCAAACCAGGAUGCGGCAGAUCCAGCUGAAGAGGAAUAAAUUGGAGGAACUAGUUGUUGUUUGCACUGGAUGAAGCAAGAAAGGCUUGUCUGUUUAUGUUUUGCCUAUUGUUCUCUGCUAUUGUAAAUAUGUAAAACCUAUGGAUUCAUGACCUGUUUAUGGGAAAUAAGAACUUACUGAAUUCAUGUCA